AUGAAGGUCGCUUCUGCUAUCACGUUUCUCUCUCUGUUGGCUUCUAGCCAGGCUACUGGAUCUUACUGGGGCUCUGAGAAGUGUUACUCGAACCCUGGAAGAUCGGCAAACAAGUGUAACGAUCACCAGCAAAAGGGCUUCAGCUGGACUGAUCUCGCUGCUGGCUCGUUCUCAAGCUACGGCGGCUUCUCCUUCUCCGGUUUCACCUGCGGCAAUGGCUUUGGAUCUAGCCUUGGCAAGCGUGGCACCCAGAAGUGUAUCUCCGGUACCGUGUCAAAGGGCGGCUCAAGCUCAAGCUCUGGGUCUAGCUCUGCUUCCGGUUCUUUCUCCGGUUCCUUCUCCGGUUCUGCCGGCUCUAGCUCCUCUAGCUCCGGCUCAUCAGCUCCAUCUUUCUCGUGUGGUUCAGAGGAGAGCGGCUUCUCUGUGACAGACUUCCAUGUUGCCACCGAGAAGGACACCGAGCUGCACAUCAUCUACAGCAUGCCAGAUGGAUCCACAUGUAAGAACACCGCAUCUUGCAACUCCGGUGGCACCGUCGUGAGCAAUGACCAGUGUGGAGGUGCCACAUCUGUUCACUUUGAGCUUCCCGAGGACAGUGAGCAUGAGAGCUGCGGCUUCGGAAUCUACAGCGUUGGCUUUGACUGCACUCCUGGUUCCACAACCACUGCACCGGCCGCUGCCAGCAGUCCUCCUGCUACCUCAGUGCCUUACUCAUCUGGACCUGCUGGCUCUAGCUCCAUUGUUGUGCCUUCCGUCUCUGUUCCUGAAUCUUCGGUUCUGCCUGUUACUACCCCAGCCGGGAGCACUCCUGCUGCGAGCACUCCUUUCGGCAGCACCCCGGCUAUUAGCACCCCUGUCCAGAUGACUACUUCGACUGUUUACACCACCAGUGAAGUCACCAUCACCAGCUGCGCUGCUAGCGUUACAAACUGCCCGGCCGACUCGACUAUUGUCACCACUUCGACUAUCGCCAUUUCGACUACUGUGUGUCCCGUCACUGAUGCCACUCCCGUCCCUGCAAGCUCCCCACCGCUGCCCUCUGGGCCUAUCCCAAGCAGCGUCUUGCCUGUCGGUUCAUCUGUUGUAUCUGCCUCGCCUAGUGAAACUCCAGCUGGCGCAUCCUCAGUCCCAGCUUCUUCGUCUGUUGUGUCCUCUUCCGCUAGUGGCACACCAGCCAUCAGCACUCCUGUUCGGAUGACCACCUCGACUGUUUACGCCACUAGCGAGAUUACUAUUACCAGCUGUGCUGCUAGCGUCACCAACUGCCCCGCUGAUUCAACUAUUGUCACUACUUCGACUGUUGCUGUUUCGACCACCGUCUGCCCUGUCACCGAGACAAGUCCCGCCGCUGCAAGCUCUCCAUCUCUGCCCGCGGGACCUAGCCCGAGCAGCGUCUUGCCUGUCGGCUCAUCUAUUGUGUCAGGCUCACCCAGUGAAACUCCAGCCGGCGCGUCCUCGGUCUGGUCUUCAUCGUCUGUUUGGUCGGCUUCUCCCAGCGAAACGCCAGCCGGUGCAUCCUCGGUUUGGGAUUCUUCGUCCGUUUGGUCUUCCUCUGCUAGUGAGACGCCUGCCCAGACUCCUGUGCCUUCAACUCCCGCGAUCACUACCCCUGUUCGGAUGACCACUUCGACUGUUUACGCUACUAGCGAGAUCACUAUCACCAGCUGUGCUGCCAGCAUUACUAACUGCCCUGCUGAUUCAACCAUCGUCACUACUUCGACUAUUGCCAUCUCGACUACUGUGUGCCCUGUCACUGAGACCACCCCUGCUGGAGCCAGCUCGCCACCUGUCUCUGUUCCUGCAGGCCCAAGCCCGAGCAGUGUGUUGCCCGUUGGCUCGCCGUCUGAAUCGCCUUCCCCCAGUGGCACUCCUACCGUCUCUGUCCCAGCGGGUACCCCUGGAGUUCCUAGCGUGACCUCUGUCGCUUCCUCCCCUGCCGGCACCCCCUCUACCCCCGAGGAGGCCACAACAACUGUUGUGACUUAUGAGACCGUGACCACUUGCCCGAUUACUGAAACUGUGACAUCUGGCUCUUCUACCUUUGUCACUACCUCUCAGACAGUCUCCACGGUGACGUUGACUUCCACUGCCUCGGUUUGCACUCAAUGCUCAGCUACUGCUACAUCUGUUUCUCCCGAGGGUAGCUCUAUCGUUCCUUCUGGACCAAGCGAGGCGUCUAGCACAGUUUUCUCCGGCACUCCUGAGGCCUCUACCCCUGCCCCAACUGGAACUCCCGAGGCUUCCGUCCCCGUGCCGUCCGAGACCCCUGAAGGAUCGUCGCCAUCUCCAUCUGAGACCCCGGAGGGCUCCAGCCCCGUCUCGUCGGCAACCGGAGAGGCUUCUAGCCCGAUUCCCAGCGGCCCUGCUGUCACCAGCUCCAUUGGCUCCAGCAUUGGCGUGACCACCACCCCCCGCUCGACUGCGACUGUUGUGACCUUUGUCACCGUGACUACAUGCCCCGUCACCAACACUGUCACCUCGGGAUCGUCGACUUACCUCACAACCUCCAGCACUGUCUCGACUGUCACUUUGACAUCCACUCCCGUGCUUCCUAGCUCCGUCGAUGCUGGCAGUACUCCUGCGUUCGCCACUAGCCCUGCUCCCACCGGCCCUGCUAUCACUAGCGCAAUCGGCUCCAGUGUCGGUAUCACCUCAACCCCCGCUGUUCCCGAGGACUCCACCACUACAAUUGUGACUUAUGUGACUGAGACUACCUGCCCUGUUACCAACACUGUCACUUCUGGCUCCUCGACCUACGUGGCGACUUCCAACACUGUUUCCACAGUCACUCUCACCUCUGUGUCGACAAUUUGCACCAAGUGCUCUGCCACUGCCACUGCCACAGAGACUGCUGCUGUUUCUGUUGAAACCUCCGUCGCUGCUACUGGCACAUCUCCAGUGUCGAGCCCCGCCCCAUCGUCCCUUUGCCCUAACACUGUGCCUCAGUGUAUCAACACCUGGCUGAGCCUGGUGCCCAAGUGCAACUCCAACAGUGACGCUUCUUGCUUCUGCCCCAACAGCGAGUUCACCUCCAAGGUUAUUUCCUGCAUUCAAGCUUGGGGUUCAAGCAAGAGCGAGAUCCAAUCCGCUCUGUCGUACUUCACCGGUAUCUGCGCCACCUGGGUGCCCGAGAACCCCGGCAUCGUGACUGCGAUUCCCUCAACCAUCACUCUGAUCCCAACAGUCGCUCCCUCGCUCCCUGCCUCUAGUGUUGCAGCUGCCUCCGGUGCCGUUACCGAGAGCGCUGUGGUCCCUGUCACUUCUGCCCCUGCAAUCCCCGUGACCACCAUCACUUACUCCACUUACACUGUGACUGUUCCUCAGGUCAGCUUCGUCACCGGACCCGCCGCCAGCUCUGGCUCGGUCUGGUCCCAGCUGCCCCCUAGCGGCGCCUCCCCAGCCAAUACCGGAAACGUCCCUGCCCCAGCCUCGGCGACUUUCGUCACUGCUUCCAGUGGUCGUGCCUCCGCUACAGCCAGUACAUCUUACAGUGCGAGUGCCUCUCCGAUCUUCAACUCCGCGUCGAGCUUGUCGGUCGCCUACAGCCUGGUGCUGGCUUCUCUCGCUGCUUUCCUCAGCUUGAUGAUGUAA